AUGACUGCCCACUCUCGUACAUCGACCGGAGAUGAGCGCCAAACAGCCCCGCAACGCCGCCAGAAACGAGCCCAGGUAGCCAGAGCGUGCGAUGGCUGUCGUCUUCGUCGCACGAAAUGCGACAAUAAGACCCCGUGUUCAAAUUGCGUCGCAAAGGAACGAAUUUGUAGUAACAGCGGAGCACCGAAAGCAUCAACUCUCACCCAGGCCUCCGAGGAGAUCGAGUCACUCAAGCGCAGAGUCAAGCAACUAGAAGCAGAGCUGAAACAGCGUUCCAGCGAGAAUAUUAAUCUUCCUACGCCGACAGGGUCGUCUUCAUCGCCGGCCCAGUUUUUCACGAGGAGCGAUAAUGAAUACCGAAAUCCGAAGAACUGUUGGGGUGGCAUACACCUUCGACCAGCGCGUUCUUCUAAUGAAACAUGGCUUGGUGCAUCAUCACUACAUUUUUUCAUUCAACGUCUUAGCAUUUUUUUGGCAUUUAACUUUCAACAAGCACACUCUACACAGCAGCUGCUUCCCAUCUCAGCAAGUGAUCACCAUUUGCUCGACAGGCCAGCAGCGAGAUCCAAUGAAGACCCAACAAGGCGGCUGACAUCUUCAGCAGAGCUUCCCACAACGGGUGUCUAUCUAAAACCCACACAAGAAGAGUAUUUCAUAGAUCUUUUCUGGCAUACCUACCACACUUCCAUGUUUCCAAUCUUGGACGAAACCCAAUUCAAAGAUCAUUACCAGUCCCUUUGGGUAACAGGUGGCAAGGAAAGAAACCCUUCCGCCCUUGUCGACAUCGUCAUUGCCAUGUGCAUGCAGUACGGUAUUUCAACACUUCCCUCAAACGCUCAGGGUACUCUUGUAGAAGGCAAAGACGCCCUGGUCGCCGGCCGAUGGCAUUAUUGGCGUGGACAGACGCUCCUCGCAUAUGAACUUGAGAGUCCGUCUUUGUCGACCCUACAAUGCCAUUUGCUCUGCGCAAUAUAUCUUUGCGGUGGAUCCUUCCACAACAUGAUGGACACUGCCGUCGGGCUAUCUGUGCGCACCGCUUACAUGCUCGGUAUCCACCAAGACCCUCCGCAUGAUAUGCCAGAACGGGAACGCGAGAUGAGAAGACGCUUGUGGUGGGCGGUCUAUUUAAUGGAUAGCAAGGCGGGCAUGAAACUUGGUCGUCCUUUCAUGCUGCGUGAUUCGCAUGCCAUGCCUUCCUUACCCAAUGAUAGUCUCGAUGCUGCGAGGACAUCGGGCUCUAUAUUUGCUCCUAUCGGCGAUGAGGCUACUUGGCUGAGUUUUAACUUGCACCAAGUAAAACUCUACAUGAAAGUACGGGCAGCCUAUACAUGUUUCUAUGACCAGGAUCUGCAUUUGUCCAACGGCCAGAUAGUUUGGGAUGAUUCCCACGCCUUGGAAACCAGUGCAGAAGCCUUAACCCACCAUAUCCAGGGUCUCCAGGAAUGGACUGACAACGUGCCCGGCGCUCUAAAAUUAAACCGCCAAAACAACGGCAAACCCCUUUCCACAGAUGGCACAGGUCUGUCGAUCGAGCAAUUCGCCCCUCUCUGGCUCCAGCGCCAGCGCGUGCUUCUCGAAAUCACAUACCACCACCUCAGUACUAAUAUAUAUCGGCCGCUUAUCUCCUUUGGCUCAAAACCACACCCGGGUACAUUGGCAGAAGAAGUCGCGAUGCAAUGCGCAUCCCACGCAAUCAUGCUGUCGAAAAUCACACACCAGGUUCUUACAGAAACACUUAUUCUUGAUGGGUGGCAUGAAGCCUUCCAUUAUCAAUGGAAUGCUGCAAUGACGCUGAUCGGCUUCGUGGUGGUGUAUCAACACUCCUCGCUGACUACAGAAGCUAGAGCCGCAGUGGAUCUGGCAAUCAGCGUCUUUGAUAAUUUUGGCGCUAAGUUUUCUGUUGCUGUGAAUGCCGCUAAAAUUGUGCGAGAGCUUUGUCUCAAGGUUGAUAUCUUGGUACAUCAUAGCCAGCUUCAAGUUGGUUCUUUGAGCGAGCUUGACAUGGGUUCUAUGGACAACUCCGUGGAUAUUUCCGAUGACUUCAUGUCUAAUAGUUCCUUUUUUACCUCUUUGGGUGGGAGCUCGGGUCUUUCUAAGACUGGCUCGGUUGAUGUUUCGGAGUUCAACUUUUUCGACAUGGCUGUGGAUAUUGAUUUCUGGAAUAGUGUUGACACGCUAUGGCCGGAAUUUGACAAUCUGGCUGGACAGCAAAUAAGUGCAUGA